AUGCCUGACGAUGAUAAAUCUCACGACCAGGACGGUUCUGGGGAUGAGAGUAACCCGUUCGUCGCCUUUCGGCGCUACGCUGAUGAGCAGGUCUCCACAAUGCUUCAAUCCAUCACAGGGCUGCCCUCCCAGGUAACGCCACCUCAUAACAACCACUGGGAAAUCUUUGCGGAUGACCACGGCUACGAGAGCAGGGUAUCUCGCCAGAGAGCUGGCAAUGAUUCGGGCGAAGAGAGGUAUUCGACAAAUCGAGAUGGCGGAAAUGCUUAUUCGGGCGGAUACGACGACACUCGCAACCCAAACAAGACAUCACAUCCCCGAUCAUGCUGGUCCGAACAUGAUGAUCCAUGGCACUCGCAGUCAUGGAGAAAAUGGUGCAACGGACCAUCUGACUUUUUUGGUCUUGAUUCCUUCUUUGACCGCUUCUGGCUUGAGGAUCGCUUCUUCCCCUUUGCGUCGCAUCUCCUCAAUCCCAACCGCAGCUUUUUCCUCCCAGACAUGUUUGAGGACACUGGCUCAUCGACUUGGCCUAUUGCAUAUAUCAUGUUCAGUCCAUACUCGCCUCUCCACCUUGAGCGCCAAGCACAAUAUCGCGCAUACCGUGAAAAGGGCGUUAUGUCGUCGAUUAUGUCGUCUUUGAGUCUGGAUUCUGACCAAGGCUCUUCGGAACCGCAGUGGCGAGAUGCCUUCGAAGAUUUACUUCGACUUGACAAUGGAAAGCCGAUGCUUAAUCGUGAUGUGCCUGUGACCUCGGAGACUGGGAAAGAUUGGCUCCAGGGCUUAGUACAGCGCGGAAGCUUGGGUGACCAGUGGAAGUUCGUUCCUGACACACAAGGGCAGCCCUGGUCAGGGAUUACUUUCUCUGGUCGUACGCAGCAGGACCGCUCUCUACCCGAGAAUGCUGACAAGCCCGUGGAUCAGAAGAACCAACAAGAAGCUGAAAGUGAGCUGGAUCUCUACGAACGCUUCUUGCACGAUAUCGAAAAUCGCGAGCGUGAAUUCUUCCGUGGUUCCUCCGAGAGCCCUCUACUACGUAUGCUCCUCCAGGAGCGACGCCAACAGCAAGAAGAACUUGAAAAAUACAGACGCGGUGUUUCAAAGGCGGAGGAUGAACACAGCAGUGAUGAUAAUGAAAGCUGGCUGGAGCUUGUUUCUGGUGGGAACAAAAAAUCUGUUCCUGAAACACCUCCAAACUCCUCUACCGAGUCCCAAACUGUGACCGAGAGCAAGACCGUGAACGAGAAAGUUGAAGCCCCGCAACCAGCGCAGUCUCGUGUCAUUUCGACCAUGACUCGAACAGAGCGUAUUCAACUUCCGGAUGGCUCAGUUGAAAGCAAGAUUGUCAAAACCAAGCGUUUUGCCGAUGGUCGUGAGGAAACCGAUGAGUCGGUUGAGGUAUCUCAUCGUCAGCCGGGAGAUUCCAAGUCCGGUGAAUCUGGCCAGUCGAAGAGCGGCUGGUUCUGGAAAGACUAG